UUACCCAAACAUUCAAUCUCCUUGUAAUGUAUUUGCUUUGACAUAAAAUGACGUUUCCUUUUAUACUAUUUCACAACUUAUAUACUUCACCCCAACUAACUCUUCUCCCCUUUUCUGCUAUCUUCCAAUUCACAGAAGUUGUUGACAUAAUAUGAAUGAAUACCAUGGGAACUCAAGAGCAAGCUCGAGUUCUGCAUCUAGUUUGAAUAGCAAUUCACAAGGUACUGAGGAUGAUCAUGCCAUUGCAAGAAUUUUAGCUGAAGAAGAACAAAAUGCUCAUAAGUAUGGUGGCAAUCUUGGGAGGAGACUUUCUCAUUUGGAUUCGAUCCCGCACACUCCACGGGUAAUUAGCCAGAUACCUGACCCAAAUGACGCCACGCUAGACCAUGGGAGGCUCUCCAGCAGGUUGGCGACAUAUGGUCUCGCUGAAAUGCAAAUUGAAGGAGAUGGGAAUUGCCAGUUUCGAGCCCUUUCAGAUCAGUUGUAUCAUAAUCCAGAGUAUCAUAAGCAUGUAAGGAAGGAGGUUGUUAAACAGCUAAAGCACUUUCGGAAGUUAUAUGAAGGUUAUGUACCUAUGAGAUACAGAAGCUACUUGAAGAAGAUGAAGAAGUUGGGAGAAUGGGGAGAUCAUGUCACUCUACAAGCAGCUGCUGAUAGAUUUGGAGUAAAAAUAUGUUUGGUCACGUCUUUCCGGGACAACGGCUACAUUGAUAUCCUUCCCAAGGACAUUCAACCUUCUCGGGAACUGUGGCUGAGUUUCUGGAGCGAAGUUCACUACAAUUCAUUAUACGUAGUUGGAGAAGUUCCAGCUAGAGUUCACAGAAAGAGGCAUUGGCUUUUCUAAGGCAUUCACCAGCAAAAUUACUGCAUAUUGAUACAUACUAAAAGCUCUACAGAGCAUGGCAUGCACAUAACACAUCCUGUGUAUAAUAUUUAUGCUGCUCAGUUGGUAGAAGGAAAACAAUUAUGAUUUGAUUUUACCCGAUUUCAGGAUAAAUUAGUAUUCUUUUGGAUCUUAUGUCAAAUUCUUUCACGUUCACCCAAAUUAUUUAUAAUAUUGUAUUGGAAUGUGGCAUUCCUAUUGUAAAUUAUUGCUGGUGACAUGCAGCUGAACUAGUGGUGAUCACAUUGGAUAUACAAUAGUGUCCUAUGCUAGUUUGUUUUUAAAA